AUGUUAUAUUUCAGGGUUUAUAGAGAUAAAGAGCCAAUUAUGAACGCUAAUAAUAUAAAUGAAAAUGGCGAGACUAAAGAAGCAGUAAGAAAGGGGCUAAAAGAAAAAUUAAGGCCAGAUAGUAGAGAUAAUUCACACAGCAGGAAAAAAUCAAGACUUAACUCUAAAAGUGAAACUGAGGAGAAUAGUAAGGCUCCAAAAAAAACAGCAAUUGAAUUGGAAACAUGCCCAUUGGUUUUACAAAGACGUCAAAAGCAGAUAGACUAUGGUAAAAACACUGUUGGAUAUCAUAAUUAUUUGAAAGAAGUGCCUAUAGACAAACGCACUAAAGAAGAUAUAAAAACACCAGACAAAUUUACUAAAUACAGUAGAAGGUCUUGGGAUAUGUUAAUCAAAAUGUGGAGAAAAAAAUUACAUGAAUAUGAUACUGAACCUAAUAGUAAAUUAAAUAUUGAGUCGGAUGAAGAU